CUCUCUCUCUCUCUCUCAGUACCUGCAGCUGUUGCUGAAGCAGAUGAGAGAGGUGUUACAGAAGCACACAGACCGGGAGGUGCUGGAGACCUGCAGUCGAGCCUAUUACACCCUGAGCCACGAGGACUACAAUAUCCACAGCCGUGUGGACAUCGCCCGCAGCCAACUCCUGGACAGUCUGGUCACCGUCUUCACUCACUCCACUGAGGACCUGCUCCACGAGACAGGGGAACCUGAUGAGGACACGCUGUACACAGUCACUACGUCACUCAAGAGGAUUUCUGCACUUUACAAUGCUCACGACCUGACCAAGUGGGAGCUGUUUGAUCAUUGUUACCGGUUGGUGGAGAGAGGCUUUGAGAGCGGAGAGAUUCCCGAACAGGUACAAAGGCCCUCGAAACUCGGAGAGACAUCGUAG